AUGACGAUCAAAAUGCAUCUGGGCCAGCGCAUGGCACGAGCAGCAUACAUGCAGCGGCGCAUGGCAAGCCGCAUGUCACAGCGAACUGCUCCAAAAAGCCCUCCAACGUGGAACGAGCAAAGGUGGUCCAAUCGGACCGUGGUGACCCUAUCGACAUUGGUCGGAGGUAUCAUGUAUGUGAUAGGCUUUUCGCAGGGAUUUCGCCAGGCCCAGGCACGCGGCUUGACAUCCCCAACUGAAACAUCAUCGUCAACAGAGUAA